UUCAGUCUGGGCUAGCCACUACUCGCUCACACACGCAAAGAAGACAUUAGGCUUAUUGAUUGUUGUAUGUUCUUAGCCGACGUUAUUGAGCCCUAUUAUUUCGCUGGGUCCACCCUGUUUGGAAAGGUGCUUUAGCAGCUAACGCUAUCUAGUCUAUCAAUAUUUUCGAGUUGGACUAUCAAUGACCUCCCUGGGCUCCAGUGUACACCUCCAGCGGCAUACCGGUUGUUGGAGAAACAGUUGCCAGUCCAAAUUCUGGACACGGUUUUCUUGCAGCACUGCCUUCACUCAGAAAGCUGUGGCAUAUCAACGCUCAGUUAAGGACAGAAUCACCCAGAGAUUCCGUACAGAUUUUGCCAGGUCAUAUUGGACUCUCAAGAAUAAUUAUAGCGAUCUCGAAGAGACUUCUGGACAUUCUCCUGCUAAAAGAAGUUAUUUACUGAACCAUCGUCAGAUGUACCAGCAGACACCUUCAACAAACAUCAACAAGAUAGAGAGACGAUGGGAAGAUUUAUUUCACACCAAUGGAAGAUAUCAAUCCCUUGACGGGUUGGGACAGAGGUUCUUCGACUUUUCAGUCAUGUCAUACAACAUCCUUUCACAAAAACUUUUACAUGACAAUGCCCACCUUUAUAAGCAUUGUUCCUUGCCCAUCCUUAAGUGGAAUUAUCGGUUGAGAAACAUGAUGAAAGAGAUACAAAGGCACAACGCUGAUAUUCUGUGUCUUCAAGAAGUACAAGAGGAUCACUAUGAAACCCAGGUUAAACCCAGCCUUGAGUCUUUAGGAUACCACUGUGAGUAUAAGAAGCGAACAGGCAAUAAGGUAGAUGGCUGUGCUGUGGUGUUCAAACAAGCUUCCUUCUCCCUUGUGUCUUGUCACCCUGUGGAGUACUUCAAACCGGACAUUCCUUUGCUGGACCGAGAUAAUGUGGGCUUGGUGCUACUCCUGAAGCCCAAACUGGAGAAGGGUAUCAGUAAUCAUCUGUGUGUCGCUAAUACACACCUUCUGUACAAUCCACGGCGUGGAGACAUCAAAUUGACUCAACUUGGACUGCUACUGGCGGAGAUCAGCCAUGUAUCAAAGCAGGCAGAUGGUAGCACUUGUCCUGUUAUUCUCUGUGGGGACUUCAAUGCCGUGCCCUGGUCUCCCCUUUAUCGCUUUAUCAGAGAGAGGAAGCUUGAAUAUCAUGGGAUUCCUGUGGGCAAGGUGUCUGGACAGGAUGAGAAGCGCAAAGGGCAACGCAUUCUUAAUGUGCCCCUCUGGCCCCAAUGUCUGGGAAUUAGUCAGCAGUGCCAAUAUGAGGAUCCUUCCACAAGUGCUAUACGGAGUGAUGAGGGUUCCAAAAUUAACAGCAGGUCUUCCAUUGAGCACAGCUUAAAUCUUUCCUCUGCCUACUCCCAUCAUUCUUCAAAAAGAGGAAGACCAGAGAUCACAACCUGUCACUCAAGGAGAGCCAUGACUGUCGAUUACAUAUUUUACUCGCCAACAUCCUUAAAUUCAGAAUCUGAAGGCCUGCAGUUACUGGCUCGGCUUGCUUUAUUCGACGAAAUUGAUCUUCAUGCUAUCAGUGGGUUACCCAAUGCAAACAACUCCUCAGACCACCUGCCUUUACUGGCAUCUUUCAGAAUGCCCAAUCUUCAUGCAAGUUAUGCUCAUGUGCAGGGUUCUGAGGAGCACUCUACCUAGCUUCAGCUCCAUUCUCCAGCCUGCAGUACCCCAGAAUGCACACUCUGUUCUCCAAGACCUGCAGAAAAGACAGCAACAGUACUACAACAGAGGUACCAAGCGGCUUCCUGAGCUGAGCCCAGGCACCACUGUGCACAUGGAAACUGCACAGGGCUGGCGUCCGGCUGUGGUCACUGAAGAGAGAGGUGAACCUCAUUCCUACAACAUUGUGGCGUCUGCUGGGCAGCACUACAGAUGCAACAGGCGCCAUCUGAGGAAAAGGCCAAGGUCUGUACUCAGGCUACUGCUGAUGCUGACGUGGUCGAUGAGGACCCGCUGGACUCGUCAGGUAUGAGCGCAGCAGAGAGGAUGGACUAGUCUCAGCCUUCAUCCACGCUGAAUCCAACUCACACUAGGAGAGUCGUCAGACCACCUGAGAGGUUUGAAGACUUUCAGAUGGGUCAACGCUGAUAGUUUGAGUGAUGGGCAACUUCUUGCAAAAUUGAAAAAAAAAGAUAAAGUAUGAAGAAUGUAUGAAACAAUAAAAUGUGAAAUGAUGUUUGUUUGGUAACGUCUUAAAGAGAAAUGUUUGAAGUUUCUUAUGUGUUUUGUUAGCAGAAUGUUUUGUAUUUGUAUUUGACAUGCAUACAGAAGUUGACACAAUGUAGAUGUUAUUCAGUAUGUGUCCUGGAAGUAUUUUCAAAUUGGAAGAACAAUACCAAAUGUUUGACUAAAUUGAGUUUAUUAGUACAGGACAUGACUUCAUUAUAGAUGUCUUCACCGUUUCCAUUUAAUAUAUCACACGGGAAUUGUAGGUGCUUAAAUUGUGUGCAGCAUGUAACAGCAUGAUAACUGAGAAAAGUUUCACUCAUCCCGUAAAUAAUAGAACAUACGAAGUGAGAGGCCGCAUCACCUGCUUAUCAACAUUUGUUGUAUAUUUGUUGACAUGUCCCUGUGGGUUAUAUUACGUGGGUAAGACAAAACACCAUUUAAAAACCAGGAUUUUUGAACACAAAUGCGCAAUCAGAAGAAAAGAUGAAAAAUCAUCAGUUGCCAGAAACUUUAAUGCAGUGGGCCAUGAUGUAAAUGCCCUCAGGUUUAUGAGCUUGGAAAUUGUAAACCGUUCUCCAAGAGGGGGGGAGACCGCUAAAACCGCCUCCUUCAUCGUGAGGCUUGGUACAUCUUCAAUCUUAACACCUGUAUGGAAUGAAUAAAGAAUUGCUAUUAAGUUGUUUUUUGUAAAAACGUAUUGACUUUGUUGUAUUUUUUGUGUAGCUUCUAAUUGGUUUAAUGUGUUGGCCUGAUCACAUAAUUGUUAAAUUAUGAUGAAAAAUGAUUGUCACUUUGCUACUAUUGGAUGAUGAGGGAAUGAGUUGUAAUGGGUGUGGGUAUUUAA